UUAGAUAUCUAUUUGAUUAAUGAUUAGGCUGUUCAGAAUUUUUACGCCAACAAACCUGUUGUAAAAUUGUGUAAUUGUCUGCAAUUGGAUCAAGAAAGCUGUGAUCUGGAGAAACAGCCGAGUUUAGUAAUACUGAAUAAGAGACAACACUACUGAAUAAUAGUUUCUCCAGGUUAUUGAAACAUAGAGACGUUUGUGGAAAUCAAGUUUGUCUGAUUAUCUUCGGUACCUUGAAAGGACGAAUUUUGUCUAUCAUUAAAGUUUUAUCUCGCUUUACAGUUUUUUAUAACUCUUUUUCAUUGUACCAGUAUACAAGAGUGAGGAUUUCUAGUAAACAUCAAUUUGUUAUCACGCUUUUCGUUCAUAAUUUAAAUUCCUAGCAGCAACUCAACCACACUUCUUGACAACAGGACUUGCUCCUUGUGAUUUCUGCUCUAUCUUGAAAGGGAAGAUAAGGAGUAGCCAAAGUGUGAAUGUAACCAAUUUCACGCAGCUAUUUGUAAGGCUAGAAAACACGUAAUAUCAUGAGUACGAUAUUCCGGGUCAGUGUAGUGGAUAAGAGUCAGCAAAAAGAAUCUAAAAGCAUUGAUUCCUCUUCCCCAGCUCCACUGGAUCUCAAAGUUUCAGAAAGUUCGCUCUACUGCUUUAUCAAGAACUUCAUCGGUACACCCCCAGACUCCAGUGCCGUAACAAUCGAUAACAAAAUAGAGCAAGCAAUGGAUUUAGUUAAGAGUCAUCUUAUAUUUGCUGUACGAGAAGAAGUAGAUGUCUUAAAGGCAAAAAUAGCAGAAUUGAAGGAGAAAAUCUUACGUCUUGAACAUGAAAAUGGAAUUCUGAAAGCCCAUGCUUCGCAGGAGGUUUUGAAUAAUCUUUCAAAAGGAGGACUCCAAUCAGUUUCUCAAACUCAGUUGCAACAAAAACCAUUAGUUACAGCUCAAGUUUCCUAUCAGUCUCAACGUUUCACAUGACAAUGAAUAGUGGAAAAAGUUGCAUAAGUUCCUACGUUUAAUAUGUUAUCAUAUAUGACUGAACUUUACUUCAAAUAAUGUUAUGAAAAUCUUAAUAAUUCAUGGGUGUGCUUUUAUCUGGUCACAAAAUAUAACUUGCUUUCAUUCCACGAACUUUUUGUUGUUUGUGUUAAUCAAAAAAAAAGUUAGCUGUACAAUACUGUACCAAGUUGGAAUAACAUGUUUUUUCAUCAGUGGCUCAGAAAUAUUGGUAAAGAGCAGUAUCCAUUUUUAAUUUUUAGUUUGUAGGAUUUUAAGAGUAUAUUUUCAUCAAUAUCAUGUUUAUGUAUUGCAAAGGCCCUUAUAUGACCUUAAUCAAAGAAGGAAAAAGAGCUAUUGUUAUUUCCGUACAACACAUAAAAAUAUAAAGUUAAUUUU